AUGGCGACAACAGAGCGGACUCCGUUUAUGAAUCCAGAUAAUGACUUGUCGAGCUUGAAGGACACAGCUGUUCGACAUGGCUUUGUUCGGAAGGUCUUCGGCAUCCUUGGAGUGCAGCUUUUUGCUACUACAAUUGUGGCAGGCUUCAUUACCAUCUAUGGCGAUCAUUUGGUGUCAUCAAAUCCUGGCCUGGUAACCACGCUGAUGGUGUGCUCAAUUAUGCUCGUCCUCAGUGUUAGCUGCGUUUUCAUGUGCUGCCCAGACACCAUGAGGCGGAGUCCCACCAACUAUGCGCUGCUGUCGCUCUUCACCUUGGCAGAGGCCGUCCUAGUUGGCUUCAUCUGCGUCCAAUACACAGUGCAGUCGGUCCUGGUGACUUUGGCCAUCACAGCAGUGGUGACUCUGUCGCUGAUGCUCUUUUCUUGCCAGACCACGUAUGAUUUCACUGGCUAUAUGCCCUACAUGUUUACCGCCACAUUAGUUCUGCUCUUCCUGGGGAUUGGCAUCUCCAUCUCUGCAGCCUUUGGGGCUGCAGGCACCGGCGCCUUUAAGGUUCUGAACAUGAUUUAUGCUGGUCUGGGUGCCUUGAUGUUUUCCUUCUACAUUGUUCUCGACACGCAGAUGAUCCUGGGCGGAAAGCACAGCAAGUUCAGGUUCUCCAUCGAUGACUAUUGCAUGGCCGCCAUUAAUAUCUACAUGGACAUCGUGCAGCUUUUCCUCUUCCUUCUGCAGCUCCUCGGCGAGCGCAAAUGA